AUGCUGUUGACCCUGGAAGGGUUGCGGCAAUAUAGCGAUCACAAAGGGGGAUUGGUCUUUUUUGCAUACACAGAAGAUGUCACCGACGCACAAUCUUUUGCCUACAAUUACCUCCCUAUCAUCAUCUCCCUCAUACUCGUCUUGGCUUGGACCGUGACCGAUUUCGAUGUCCUCCGCCUGGAACCAUAUUUCCAGUUGUCCCGACCCGAGGGAGCGCCGGCGACCGUUCUUUUCAUCAACUACAACUUUGGCCAAACUAUUCUCACUCCGAUCAAUGCCGUAAUCCGCCGCCAUUGGGUAGUGUUCUGGGUUUCCUUCGUCACGCUCUUGAUCCGAAUGAUUCUUCCCGCUCUACAGAGUACGGUAUUUGAGCUACGCGAGGUGACGGUAGUUGACCAAGGUACCAUACAAUGCUGGGCCGACCUGGUAGACUUGGACACACAAGCGAACUUGAUCUCAAUUCAAGGCGAUGUUCUUCACGGCAUGUUUUCCUCAAAUGAGUUAAUAUCUCAGUCCCGAUCCGCCAAGUACGCCCUGGCGCCCGUGGAGAUACCCAAUAGCGAGCAAGACGACAGAAUACAGUGGACUGUUGACCAGACGCUGUAUUGGGCACAUCUUUCUUGCGAGAAUGUUCUUAUUGGGGACAUGCUCACCGUUUCUAUCGAUGAGCCCGAGGAGGCACAAGCAACAAUUUCUUGGAACGCCAGUAGUAUCGAUAUGGAUGAUGCAUACGGAGGCGCCAAAAAGUGUGCCCUUGAUUUUCAAUACGACAGUGUCUUCUUCCCUGGAACUGAUUACAUGCAAAUACGGUAUUGGGAGCCGAUGAUCAGUGCUGCAGCAAAGGACGCAUUUCCGGACGGAACUCAGUCCUUCACGGAAGUUGGCUGCGAUCCGUAUGAUCUAUACGGUAUGCUCAUCGGAGUCAAUAUCACCAGUCCAAGCUCGAACGAGACCGGGACCGAGUACUCCGCGUCUGGUACUGCUUUUGCCUGUGACAUCAUUUAUCACCAAGCGGAGGCUCGCGUGACUAUGCACUCCAACGGCUCCAUAAUAUCUAUCAAACUUGAUCGAUCUACCACCCGCGAGCUGACAAAAGCCGAGUUCAACGUUGAUCAUUUCCAGGCUGUGCUCUCUGAGCGCGCGCCGUUUACCAGUGACAUGCUCUUCAUCCGUGAAAAUGCUACCACGGGGGCUCGCGCAGUGACUGAACUCCCUAUCAUCAGCCAGGAUUUAGGAGAUAUCCAGCCUCUGCUGGUACUCGACACCUCGACCAUCAUGACAGAGGCUGAAUUCGAAUCCAGGAUUACGCGGGACGUCAAGCAGACUUUCGUGCUUACCCUCGGCCGCAUGUUUGAUCCGGACAGCUUACCUAAAGACCUCCCCGCCGAGCGCUUGUCGCACCAAGUCGCUAUCGCUGUCGUUGACUUUGCUGCCCUUUGGUCCGAGCUCAUUCUUGCCCUCGCCACUUUGACUACAGUUUACCUCCUUUACAUGUAUAAUUCGCGUGACCUGUUUCUCCAAAGCGACCCGGGGUCCAUUGGUGCCAUGUGCAGUAUUGUCGCCGAUAUUUUUCACCCAUCAAACAUCCUCGCAGAGCCAGUGGCGGAACUUCAUCAAUUCUCAACUCGGCAACUUCGUCGUAUCUUCAAAAAUGCGCGGUGCUACUGGCGACCAGGCCCUUCUGGCAACAGGCUAGAUAUUGUCUCCGAAGAUGGCUCCCCUGUCCAGCUCGGCGAGAACCUCAAAACCCGAGUUGACCCCAUGCCUCACUUCCUCGUAAUUCCUUUCUUCCUUAUUGAGUUCUUGGCGCUAGCUGGGGUGAUUAUCCUCAUUGUAUUAGUGGUCGCAUCCUUGCUUCGAAACGGCCGCUUCAGCCACAUGACCCAAUCGGACUCGAGCGCGUUCCAGGUUAUCCUUUCCUUCCUACCCUCCGUCGUCGCAUCGUCUGUGGGAGCUUUAUGUACCUCUAUUCACCGAAACCUCAGCGUCCUAGAGCCUUGGGUCCACUUGCAACGUGGCAAUGCCUCGGCAAGGACGUCAUUGUCACUUAACUACUCGUCCCAAAGCCCGCUCGCCAUUUUCUUCAAGACACUUCGCAACCGGCAACCGUUGCUGUGCCUUGUAUCAAUUGCUUGCGUCGUUAACAUGGCGUUGACUGUCGUUGCGGGUGCGCUUUUCACUCAAGAAUUGACAAGCUCCACAUUGGCGACCAGCGAUUUGUCAAUGAACUAUAGCCAGUCCACAUUUUGGCAGACCGACUUCGCUGUAGAAUUCACUGAAUAUGAUUUAAUUCAGAGCAGCAUCAGCAGCGGAUCCUCUACGCUCUCUUGGACUAGCUCAGAUCAGGCUUUUGUCCCAUUUCACGUGGCCAAUCGCAAUCCAGACGUGACUUACGUCGCCUCAACCCUUGGAGUUGGAGCUAAGCUUGAGUGUCAAAUCCUUCCAUCGGAUGCUCUUGUCUAUAAUCAAGCUAAUGGUCAUGCAUAUUGGCGGUAUGGACUAUUUGACGAUCCCUCCGUGGAAUGCACGGCACGCAUGCCACCCUUGAAGAGCAAAGAGGAAGGAAUCUCGCUAUCUAUCCACUUCUUGUCUCCAGAUGACACAGAGGACUCGGACACCUGCCAGACGUCAACCGUUCUGGUUGUCGGGCGUUGGGAUUAUUUGCCGAACGCCCCGAUCACGGAUGACAACACAAUUGCAUUGCAUUGUGAACCCGAGGCGAGACUACAAACCUAUUCUAUCUCUUUCGACGAGAAGGGGCAGAUCGAUUGGUAUGACGCUAUUCCCAAUACAUCCAUCACUCAUGGAACCAUGUACGACAAUGCAACCGUGAGUCUCGGUCAGUUCAACAAAGUAUUUGCAGCUAUCCCUAGCAGCUUUGUGGGCAACACUUCCGUGCAGAAUGGAACGUACAACAUUUCUUCCUAUGAUUGGGCAGGCUUCCUUGUUGCCCGUCUCUACCAACACGUAGAUCCCGACUUUGACGCCCUGGACCCCAUACUUUUGUCCAACAUGACUGGCACUGUAUAUCGAUUGGUCUACAGCACAUACUUCUCAAUUUGGCGCAAUAUUUACCUGGAACCUCUUGCUCACCCGCUCCCGGCCAAAGAUGCCACCGUUACCCGCGUCACUUGGCGCAUGGUUCCGUCGGCUCCAUCACUUGCUAUUUCUCUAGCCAUCAUUGUCUUCGACACGAUAGUUGUGCUUUUAGUGUUCGGAACACGACGCGGCCGGUUCCGUGGACCCCGAAUGCCGCGCUCCAUUGGAGCCAUCAUUCCCUGGAUUUCGCACAGCCAAAUGCUUCAUGAUUUCACCGAUACACAUACCUGGAGCAGUGCCAAACGGCGUGCUCAUCUUGUCUCCCUGAACAAACGCUAUGGUUUCCGCAUGUUCAUGGGUGCUGAUAACCGCUGGCGGUUUGCCGUCGACCAGGAAGCAGAGAACAUCAAUCCUGCCGGUUCCCUGGGUGGAGCCUCAGAAGUGGAGGUGGACAAGACCACCUCAAUUCAGCUACAGGAGAUCCAAAGUCCACUCUCCCCUCCUCCUUCUCCUCCUCCUCCUCCUCCAACCUGA